AUGACGUUCACCAUAUUGUGUCUGCUUCUGAUUUCGGCCUUCGUCAACGCUUCACCACAUCGUAGCCACGAACCGCUGGAGCAGCGACGUUCCCAAGAGCCGCUCGAACGUGAUACUCUACUAACGGACCGAAAUCGUAUCCAGGAGCCACUCGAUCGCAAGAUUUCUAUGGGUAAUCUACUUGACCCAAACACAGCGUUCAGCAGAGCUGGCCUUGACUACUAUCUCGACAUAAUGAACGACUACAAAGAUUACGUUCCAAAGGAGGUCCAGAUGAUCUUCGCAGGCUGGUGGGGCCGUAUUUUCGAAGCCGUCUCCGCUCCACCUAAUAUGUUGGCCAAUCGUCUUGCCGAUCUCAUGGCCGAUUUUUACGAAGCUUAUUCUAAAUGCGCUCCUUCGGUCAAGAGCGAAGUGCGCACUAUCUGGCCUGAAGGCAUACAACCUGCAACUUCGCCAAAAACUUCGCCAGCGCCGCCCGGAAAUUCGCCGACGGCGGUCUUAUCAAUGGAUAUCCACCUUCUGAGCGCUGACGCCGACUAUCCACCAAAAGCGCCAAAAGUGAAAAUCACCGAUCGCAGUUUCAAUCGCCAACCAUUUACCGACGAUUCAUCUCCGGAAACGGAUCUGAAACCAAGACAGCGCCUGUUCAAUUUCUAA